CGAAUCGAGCGCGAAGCUGCCGCACACGUGCCGCGCCGGCGAAAGGGCUACCACAAACGCGCGCGCCUUGCCUGCUUUGCGUCGUCGCAGUGAUCGCGAGGCCCGACUUGUGCCCCAUCAGCGCGCCAUCGCCGCGUUUUUUACCCCACCAGGGCUGCCCGGCACGCGUGUCAAAAAUGGAGCGCCAAAAGGCCACCACAUUGACCGCCGCCUGCCAGGCCUCUGCAACAGCACAACUGCCCCAGCUCAACAUCUCCGAGAGGGAAGCGUUAUCGUUGAGGCAGCACGCUGGUGAUCAGACGACUAUCACGAUUGAGUGGGUCGUUGAUGUGGCCGAUAAUAAUCUGAAUUGGUUCGUCGCGACGGCUUACAGUAUAGAUACGGUCCGUCGAGUACUGAGGGUCGCCAUACCGGACCGCGACGAGCCGACGUGGGAGGGGGAUUUGCCGCUCGAUCCAAAAACAAUUCAUUUACUGGAGUGCUGCGACAACAAAUCAAUGGCGUUGUAUAAACAAUGUUGCCGAGAGGGCAGCAUAAAGUGCAAGUGGACCGUGGAGUGGUGUAUUGAUGGAGCCUGGUUUUCCGGCGAGGCUUUGUAUUAUGGCCGACUCGCGAACGUCGUCUACUGUUCUGAUGGGAGGAACGUAGCUCUACACGAAGUGACCAUAGAUGAGAACUUGCGGUUGGUCGAGUGCCUCGAUGACGCGUCGCGAGGUGAGUUCGAAGAGCUCGUCGUCGACGGCGUCGUGCGGUGGCGGGGGCCGGACGGGGAUGAUCAUGAAUUACAACAAGAUCCGGUGGCUGCGGUGGCGCGCCGACCGGCGCGAGCCCUCGCACAAAAUUGUGAACAGCUAGACAGAUUGGCGACGGACAUGGCCCACUGCCUGGCGGACGCGCUGCGGAUGCGCUGCGCGUCGGACGUCGAGCAGUACGAGGCCGCUUCUUUACUUAAGAGGCAUGUUGUUUGUGGGGACUUGGACGCUGCUGACAGGUUAGAUGAAGAUGGAAGGCGAGAUGCUCGGGCCGACCUCGACCGACGGCGGAGAGAAGCGCAGGAAUCUUGUUUAGGUGCUAUUCAAAGAUGCGAGGGGCGUUUUUGGAGGGCUGCUGCCACGGGUCUGUUCUUUCGUCGACGUUAUAAAGCGGGCGAUGCGGUGGAAGUGGCUCUUUGCAGAGGUCUGGAAACCUGCAGAGGUGUCGUGGCCAAGUGCCAUGACAACGAGACCUAUGACGUGGACCUCGACGGCGACCGGCCGGAAGUCGGCGUGCAAAUACCGCCCGAAUAUCUGAGGCCGUCUGUUCAGUCAAGACAGAAGGCCCAGGGGAACCUGUUCGCUGGAGUACAUGACGAGGCAUCAGAAUCUAGAAGGAGAGAGUUACGAGCCGCCGUGGCCGACAUGCUGCGGGAGCGGGAAGCGUUACGAAGCAGAUUGGAUGCGCUCACGCGCGAAAAGGAACAUCUCGAGGACGUCAUAGGUGUGCAACAAACUUCACAAAAGCCGCAGCGCCGCCACCAGGGCCCCGCCGAUCGAACGACGCGCAUCUGGUGCGGCACGAUCCGUCUAGGAUCAAAGGAUGAUUUAGGAGCCGCAUGUGCGGCCGCUUUACCAGUAGGAACGAAAAAUGAAGUGGAGAGAGCUGCCGGCUUCGACGUCGUCGUUUGUGCAUUACAGGGGGAGCUAGAUGGCUCUAAAUGUGUCGCGGCUCUCAAGGCGCGGUUGCCGGGCGCCUGGGCCGCAACUUCUGCAAAUUGUGGGAACUCUCACUUAAUUGUAUUUGCGCGGUCGUCCGCAGUUGUCAAGGACUCUGUGGUAGCGGUCCCUGCGCCAAAAGCCGCCGUCGUCACCGCGACGUUGCGAAGCGGCGCUCGCUUGGCCUUCUGCGCGGUCUGUGCCGGUGAGUACGACACACCACUUUCUACGGACCAGGCCGUACGAUCCGCGAGAGAUAUGAUGUGGCCCGCUUCCAGUGAAGAUGUCGGACGGCCGCCGCUCGACUGUUGUGGAGGCGCGGACCACGCCUUCCUGAUUGGGGACCUGGGCUUCGGCGCGUCUGCGGUCGGUCAGGCCGCCUCCCAAGAGUUAGUAGCUGCAGAGGACUGGGCCUCGCUGGCGAACCACGACGAGCUGCGCCAGAGCAAGAACGAAAGAAGAGCAUUAUCAGGGUGGGAGGUGUCGCAACCUAGAUUUCCGCCGACCGCGCAUAGAUCAUGUUGGCGCGAGCGGAUCCUGUGGCGGUCUUCGCCUGGUCUCGUCGAUCGCGUGCGGUUGGAGCUGCACACGGCCCGAGAUAUAGGUUUGGGGCGGGACGCCGUCGUCGCGGCCUUCUCGUUGAGUCCGCCGACGCGAGCUCCCACACCGCGGCCCGUGGAAAUCGCCUUUCCUUCGUUGAAAGUAUCUUUACGCUUAGAAGCGUCGUCACUGGAAGGACUGCAAGCGGCAGCUAAAGGUGUGGGGCCGUUACUGGUAAGUGUGGACGCGUCGCACGACCGCACUGGCGUUCCGCCGCGGACGUCUGAUCGUUCGUUAGAGGCGGAUGGAGACUCGUUGGACGAGGGCGAGCCCGCAGCUACGUCAAUCUGGACUUUUGAUGAUGACAAGAAGCUCGACUCGUUGAGAACGCUCGCGGACCCCGACGACGACGCCGAUCACAUCACGGUGCGCGUCCUUCGAAGGGUCUGGCGCGAGGACAAGCAAGCUUUUGAAGAUAACGGCGUGUUAAUUGGGGCGGCGUUGCUGUCUGGGAGGGCUUUGGCCCGGCGCAUCUUGCGAAGUGAGGCGGCGGUUGAUUUCCAGGAGCCAUUACUGUUGCGAGGCGUCUCCAUCGGCACGCUGCACGGUUCGGCGGCUCGCGCUAAAGGAAGACUGUUGACGAAGGCCGCAGAACCUUUGGACGCGAGGAUGACGGCCGGGGCCUCUUCCGAAAAACAGAAGAAGUCCUCAGGCUGGGGCCUCUUCGCCUCGAAAAAGAAGCUGUCCGAGAACUACAAGACGCGUAAGUAG